AAGCCAUGAGCAACACAAACAAGCCCGCUCUAGUGUCUCACUUAGGCAGGAAACACCUCAAUGUGGUACCCAUGCUUCUCAUAUUGUCCUUGGGAUUUGUUCUGGGCAUGACCUCCAAUGCCAAUUUUCUGAAAUUCUACCUCCCUUUCUUGACAACGUUACCCUUUCCUAUGCCGUCACCACCACUGCCUACAUCACUGCCACCACCAACGCCGUUGCCACCUCCACCUCAGGCGCCGCCUAUGCCUUCACCACAGACCCCACAAAUGGGGUUAAUGGGCUUCCUUGCGCCAAGCGGAGUCAUGCACAACAUGACCGACGAGGAGUUGUUCUGGAGGGCGUCCAUGGUGCCACAGAUCAGUCGCAAGCCGGAUCACCGUGUGCCGAAGGUUGCCUUUUUGUUCCUGGCCACAGGGGACCUGUCGCUGCGGCCAUUGUGGGAGAAGUUCUUCAUGGGGCACGAUGGUCUGUACUCCAUCUACAUGCAUACCUCUCCCUCCUACACUGGAUCACCACCGAAGGACUCUGUGUUCUACGGUCGCAUGAUCCCAAGCCAGAUUACGAGAUGGGGAGAUAUCACCCUGGUGGAGGCGGAGCGUCGCCUCCUGGCGAACGCGCUGCUGGACCUCGGCAACGAGCGCUUCGUGCUGCUCUCGGACUCGAGCAUCCCCGUCUACGACUUCCCCACCGUGCACGCGCACCUCACCGGCUCCAACACAAGCUUCGUGGACAGCUUCGUCAACCACGACAGCGAGGUGCGCUACAACCCUUUCUUCGCCAGCCGCUGCAACAUCACCCUCGAGCAGUGGCGCAAGGGCGUCGACUGGUUCGAGAUGGACCGGGCCCUCGCGAUCAAGGUCAUCUCCGACGAUGCCUACUUCCCGUCGUUCCGUGAGUACUGCGCCCGCCGGAGGUACUGCCUGAUGGACGAGCACUACAUCGCGACGCUGCUGAGCGUGCUCGGGUGGAGCCGCAAUGCCAAUCGGACUCUGACGCACGAGGACUGGCGGAGGGGGGGUUCCCACCCACGGACACACCAGCGGAGGGACGUCACGGAGGAGCUCAUCAAAGACAUCAGGGGAGGCGCCGGCAAGAACUGCACCUACAAUGGCAGGCCGGCCGGGAUCUGCUAUCUGUUUGCACGCAAGUUCGCCCCGGACGCGCUCGACCCGCUGCUCACACUUGCUCCCAAGCUUAUGGGGUUUGGGUGAGAAUAUAUAGAUUUUCUAGAUUGUGUGGCAUCCGAUCACUAAUUGUAUUCCUCGCGUUAUCGCUGAUCCAGGUAA